AGAAUCUGCCAAAAUGUCAAAGAUAAAGACACAUUCCACUGGCUCAAAACGGACGGUACCAUUCUACAAGCUGCCACCGCCCGUGCCACUUCCACCACUCCCGCCACCCGAUCCAACCCGGUACUUCUCGACGGAAAAGUACAUCGCACUGAGCAAAGAUGAGAAAUUCAAAUUUGAUGAUUACGAUGUGAAUGAUGAGACGCUGAAAAAAGUGGUGCUCAACGAGAUUGGCAAGUGCCCGGAUAUUUGGAGCUCGCGGAGCCAGGCAGCCAUUAUGGAGCACUAUCCGAUUGUUGCAACUGAAACGUACAGGAGGACAGGGUUGCUGUUGUCUAUCAAAUCGCUGAAACAAAUCUACAAAUGCGGAAAGGACAAUCUCCGAAACCGGCUUCGCGUGGCAAUUGUAAGCAAGCGGCUUACACCGGCCCAAGUAGAGGCCUAUAUGUGGCGCUGGGAGUUUUACGGCUUUAUUCGCUACUAUCGAGACUAUACACAACGCUGGGAGGCCGACUUGUUGAAAGAUUUGGACGUGGUGCUCGGGCUCGAGGCUCGGCGAGCAUCGAAAAAUAUGGAAAAGGUGGAUUCUGGGGAGCUCAUGGAGCCCAUGGAGCCCAUGGAUUCUACAAUGGAUGAGAUGUGCGUCGAGGAGGAGCCCUACGAGGAGACAGGGUCCAAUUGGAGCGAUCCGGCGCCGGAACCAUCCCAAUCCAAAUCCCAGUCCCCAGAAGCCAAGUACCCUCAAGCCUACCUACUACCUGAGGCGGACGAAGUCUACAAUCCUGACGAUUUCUAUCAAGAGGAACAUGAAUCCGCAUCAAACGCCAUGUAUCGGAUCGCUUUCUCACAGCAGUACGGUGGCGGCGGGUCCCCAGCCGUGCAGAAGCCCGUCACUUUUAGUGCUCAGCCGGCGCCGGCGCCAGUUAGAGAGGCCCCAAGCCCAGUUGUGGAGAAUGUUAGUUCAUCGAGUUUCACCCCGAAGCCCCCGGCCAUGAUCAACAAUUUUGGUGAGGAGAUGAACCAAAUAACAUACCAAGCGAUCCGUAUUGCCCGAGAGCAGCCGGAACGUCUGAAAUUGCUCCGUAAGGCACUUUUCGACGUUGUCCUGGCGUUUGAUCAGAAGGAAUACGCCGAUGUUGGGGAUUUGUACAGGGAUUUGGCGCAGAAGAAUUCGUGAUAAUUUUUUUUUGAGUUUUUUAAUUUUUAAUUUAUUUCAAUUUUUGUUACAUGUUCCAAUAUAAUAAACAGGUGCUUGUUU